AUGCAUUCUCCUCUGGGAGCCCACAACAUCCCUGCCAAUGUUGGCACCUGUAGCUGGUUUGGUGAUGUUGCUUUCAAUGGCAGUGAGAAAGAAACCAUGCAGUUCUUGAAUGAUCGUCUGGCCAACUACCUGGAGAAAGUGAGGCAACUGGAGCGGGAAAAGGCAGAACUGGAGGGAAAAAUCCAGGAAUGGAGCCAGUGCCAAGUCCCUAACAUGUGCUCCAAUUAUACCUCUUAUUUCAAGACCAUUGAUGAGCUUCAAUGCAAGAUUCUGUGCUCAAAGGCAGAGAACUCCAGGUUGGCUGUACAGGUUGACAAUGCUAAACUGGCUACAGAUGAAUUCAAGACUAAGUACAAGAGUGAGCUAUACCUUCGUCAGCUGGUUGAGGCUGACAUAAAUAGUCUUCAUAAAAAUCUGGAUGAUCUGAGCCUAGCUAAGUGUGACCUGGAACCCCGGGUGGAGUCCCUGAAAGAAGAGAUUCGGUAUCUAAAGAAGAACCAUGAACAGGAAGUUCAUAACCUACAAUGUCAGCUGGGAGACAAGCUCCGCAUGGAGCUGGACACAGCCCCACCUGCGGACCUUAAUCGGGUGCUGGGUGAGAUGAGAUGCCAGUAUGAGGCCAUGCUGGAGACCAACAGGAAUGAUGUGGACCAGUGGUUCAUCACUCAGUGCGAGAGCAUCAGUUUGCAGGAGAUGUCCUGUUCAGAGGAGUUACAGUGCUGCCAAUCUGAGAUCCUGGAGCUGAAACGUUCUGUGAAUGCUCUAGAAGUUGAACUGCAUGCUCAGCACAAGAUGAAAGAUUGUUUGGAAAAUUCAUUGACUGAAUCUGAGACUCGUUACAGCACUGAGCUGGCUCAGAUGCAGUACCUGAUCAGCAAUGUGGAGGAGCAGUUGGCUGAGAUCCGGGCUGACCUGGAGCGCCAGAAUCACGAGUACCAGGUGCUCCUGGAUCUUAAAGCUCGACUGGUGUGUGAGAUCUCUACCUACCGAAAUCUGCUGGAAAGGGAGGACAGAAAGCUUCCAUGUAACCCGUGUGCAACUUCCUCAUGCCAUACCUUGGGAGUUCCUGCUUUGAACUCCUCUCCUGCUCUUCCAAAGAGCCGAGGAGCUAAAAUGACCAGCAAUAGAACCUCCACACAGGGGCAGUUCUGAUGUUCUUGCCAUUUCAGAAGAGAAAGAGCAACAGGAGAAAGAUUUCUUCUGUUGUUGCUAUAGUAGAGUAUAUCCUAUCAGGAAGUGUGCUCUUUUUGAAUGCUUCACAAUGAAUCUGUGUUCUCUCCAUGUUACCCAGCCUCUAAAUCAGCCUAUAUUUUGGUCUUUGAAGAGUUUUCUUUAUGGUGUUACCUUUCAUCUUUUCUGUUUCUGAGGCAAGACAUCUCUCCUGCCUUAAUC